CUCCCCAGCCCAGGACGUGCGGGUCGAGUGAACAAGGGGGGCCCGAGGCCCUGAUCUCCCCCAUCGCUCCAGGCCUUUGGCUCCGCUCUUCCCCCACCUGGUGACCUUUUCUUCUCUAAGAGCAAACCCCUGCUCCUCUUUAAGGUCCCAGCUCACACAUCACCUCCUCUGUGAGGUCCUCCAUGCCUCCUCAGGUGGUUAGUGUCUCUUGUCUGGGAACUUCUGCCCCUGCCCCCCCCCCCCCAAACCCCAACAUAUCCUGACCACCUGGAUAGUGACCUGGAGACUCCGGGAAGGCAGGACCUGGGUCUGACCCAUCUCCAUGUCCCCAGCAACGCUGCAUCCCCAGUCAGCCUCAGAAGAUACUCGCUGAAUGGCGGCCAAACAUGGAGGAAACCCCUCUGGCCUUCACCCCUCUUUCUCCUCCUACCACUGACUUCACACCACCCACCCUCCAGGGGCUUCAAUGCCCACUAUGACUUCACGCAGCUGGCCUGUGAGAGGCAGUCAGGUGGUCGUCCACGGCUACAGGUCUUUCAUGUCCACUGUGACUUUCAGGGUCACAAGCCCUUUUGUACCUACCAUGCCUUCUCCACCUACGAGACCCUCAAAGCCCAGCACGUCUCCAGCAUCCACUGGACCCUCGAUGUCCCCCGUGCCUCCCAAGCCUCCCGCCUCCUUGAAGACCACCAAAUCGGCAAAGCCCAACAGUGCUUCAGUGCCCACCAAGCCAUCAACAGCCCCUAACUCGGUCACAAGCCCAAGCAGUUCUAGGUCUCCCAAGGGGGCAAGUACGAAGACAGCUGCUUCUAAACAGUCCAGCAGCAAGUCCCGAGCCCGCAAUGGGACAAGAACACCCAGCAAAGCCAGCACCGACACCAGGGCGAGGAAGGCCAGCACCGACACCAGGGCGAGAAAGGCCAGCACCGACACCAGGGCCAGGAAGGCCAGCACCGACACCAGGGCCAGCAAGGCCAGCACCGACACCAGGGCCAGCAAGGUCAGUGGGGGAAGACUCCACCAGCGGAGGGGCACACACAGCCGGGGCAGAACUCCCAGAAGAAGGGGAAGCCGCAGCUCCAAGAGGUCACCCAGCAGAGCCAGCACUACCAGCAGGAUGAGAACUCAUGGUGCCACCCCGAGUGUGCCCAACAGGAUGAGAACUCCUACUUCCCAGAAAAAACAGAGUGGGGGCAAGAGUCGCAGCCGGCCUAGAAACAACAACCGAGAAAGAAAUAACAGCCAGCUUAGAAGUGUGAGCAGAGAGAAGAGUUACAGCCUACCAGGAGCCUCAGGCAUGGGGAAGAGUUCUGGGCUGGCUAUCACCCCAAGUAGGGCAAAGAGUUACAGCCCCACUGGAACUCCCUUCAAGGAGAGAGGUUCCAGCCAGUCUCCAUCAACAUCAAGGAGGGUAAAGAGUUAUAGUCAGAUGAUCACCCCUGGCAGGGAAUGGAGUUACAGCCCAAGUGAAGUAUCUAGCAGGCUCAAGAGUUACAACCAGGAUACUGCACCCAGCAGGACCCAGGGUCACAGCCGGUCUAGCACCCCCGGCAGGACCCAGAGUCACAGCCGGUCUAGCACCCCCGGCAGGAACCAGAGUCAGAGCCAGUCUAGCACCCCCAGCAGGACCCGAAGUGAGAGCCCGUCUAGCACCCCCAGCAGGACCCGAAGUGAGAGCGGGUCUAGAAUGCCCAGAAGGGCGAGAAGUCAUAGUAUGGUGAGAAGUCACAGUUGGAAGAGAAGUCACAGUAGAGCAAGAAGUCGUACCCGGAAAGGAACUCCCAGUCAGAUGAGAAGACACAGCCAAUCUAGAAUCCACAGCAAGGGGGGAAACUAUAACCAAUAUAGAAUGCCCAGAAGGGAGAGAAGCCCCAGCCAGGAGAGAGAUCACAGACGAUCGAGAACACUCAGCCAGGAGAGAAGUCAUAGCCCAUCUGGAACCUCCCACAAAGAAAGAGAUCACAGCCGAUCUAGAACUUCCAGCAGUGAAAGGGGGCACAGCCGAACCAGAACCCCCAGAAAAGAGAGAAACCGCAGCCAACUCAGAACCCCUAGAAAUGAGAGAGAUCACAGCCAAUUCAGAACCUUCAGAAAAGAAAGAGAUUGCAGCCAAUCCAGAGAGGAGAGAGAUCACAGCCUAUCUAGAACCUCUAGCAAGAGAGACCACAGCCAAUCUAGAACCCCCAGCAAGGAAAGAGACCACAGCCGAUCUAGAACCCCCAGCAAGGAAAGAGACCACAGCCGAUCUAGAACCCCUAAUAAGAAGAGCAAUCCUAGCCAACCUACAAGCCCCAAAAGUCUCAGCCAGAAGGAUUCCACUAGCAGGGCACAUAGUCCCAGUCAGAACAGAACACCUAGCAAGACAAGGUGCCCUUCCCCCUCCAGAUUUCUCAGUGGAGCCCCAAUUCCAAACCAGGAUGAUAUUCAAGGUAAUGCCGCCAUCUCUAAGGCUGCCUCACCUGGAGAGAGGUCCUCAUCGUCUUCUUCCAAGCUGGCAUAGCCCCCAGUCUCAGCUGGCUCACGGGUCUCUGUCAUGGCCAGGGGAGGAGACAGGAGACAGGAGCAGAGGAGCAGCUAGGCAGUGUCCCUCCCCGGCCAGCUCUCCACAGCCACACCUCAGCCACAAGUUCUCCAAUGCAGGAUGUCAGCAAAGAGAGCGGGAUGCUGGACGGGGGAAGGAAAGGCUUGUGGUGACUCAAUAAAUUUUUACAUAGCACCUGCC